AGAAGCAGCUGGAACUGAGGCUGCGGUUUGGGCUCUGCGGCUCCAUCCAGCCUUCCAUGCAGCCACUGACCAUGGUCUUGCAGCUCCUGCUGCUCCAUUCGGCCUUCCUUAGGCUCAGCUCCUGGGGGCCCUUGGCCCAGGGGCGUGGCUUUCACUCGCCAACAGUUGCCUGGCCAUCCUUCUUCGACUUCAACUGGCCCCAGGAGGUUCAGGAAACCAUCCAGAUUCCAAACAAUGGGAGUGCACCCCUGCUCGUGGAUGUGCAAGUGUUCGUGUCCAAUGUAUUUAACGUGGACAUCCUGAAGUACACAGUGUCCUCCACGCUGCUGCUUCGGCUGUCCUGGCUGGACACUCGCUUGGCCUGGAACACAAGUGUCCACCCACAGCAUGCGGUCACACUGCCCUGGGACUCACUCUGGACUCCGGGACUCACUAUUCAGGAGGCGCUUUGGGUGGACUGGCAGGACCAGAGCCCGCGGGCCCGAGUGGACCCCGACGGACAUGUCGACCUGUAUUUGGCCCUCACCACGGAGACCAACUGUGACUUUGAACUCCUCCACUUCCCCAGGGACCAGAGCGACUGCAACCUCAGCUUCUAUGCUCUCAGCAACACUGUGCUAGAGCUGGAGUUCCGGGCCCGAGCAGUGAAUGAGAUAGUGAGUGUCAAGAGGGAAUACGUCGUUCGGGACUUGAAGACCCAGGUCCCACCCCAGCAGCUGGUGCCCUGCUUCCAGGUGACGUUGCGCCUGCAGAACACAGCGCUGAAGGCCAUCAUAGCUCUGCUGGUCCCUGGGGAGGCGCUGCUGUUGGCGGACAUGUGUGGGGGGCCGCUGCCCCUCCGGGCCACCGAGCGCAUCGCCUACAAGGUGACCCUGCUCCUGGGCUACCUUGUCUUCCACUCCUCCCUGGUGCAGGCCCUGCCCAGCUCCUCCUCCUGCAACCCGCUGCUCAUUUACUACUUCACUGUGCUUCUGCUGCUGCUUUUCGCCAGCACCAUGGAGACCGUGCUGCUGGCUGCGCUGCUGGCCCGGGGCAACCUCAGGGCCCAGAGCAGUCCUGGCCCAGCCCCGAGAGGGGAGGACCCAGGGCCACGUCCUGAAGAAGCUCCCGGAGUGAAGGGGUCAAGGAGGAGCUGGGCUGAGGCCGCUGACCGCAUCUUUUUCCUGGCGUAUGUGGUGGGCGUAGCGUGUAGCCAAUUCUCCUUCAUUGGUUUCUGGAUGUGGGCAACGUGCAAGUCUGACCCAGCCCCUGGCGAGGUCAUACCCCACGGUGGGCAGCCCAGGCUGUAA